AUGACUGGAGCAACUCAGCGCCUGCGGUCCAUGGACCGGAACCCCGGGCCCACGGGCAGGAAACCGGCCCUGAUUGUCGCCUCCCCACCACAAGCUCCUCCUCUUUGCUCCCGCUGCCUCCUCCAGACGCCAACAGGCCACGAGACUGGAGACUCGCGGAGCUGUCCCUGGAGGCUGGGUGGUGGGUUCCGGCUGCUGUGGGACCAAGGCCUACUCCACUGCCUCUCAGUGCUGUUGUCCCUGGGCCCGGUCCUGACCUGGUCCAUUGGAGAGGCGAGUGCUCCGGCUCCACGGAAGAUGCCGGACCAAGCCCUACAGCAGAUGCUGGACAGAAGUUGCUGGGUGUGUUUUGCCACUGAUGAAGAUGACAGAACUGCUGAAAGGGUGAGACCACGCAAGUGCAGAGGAUCUACGAAAUGGGUGCACCAGGCUUGUCAGCGCUGGGUGGAUGAAAAACAAAGAGGAAACAGUCCUGCCAGAGUGGCAUGCCCUCAGUGCAAUGCUGAGUACCUAACAGUUUUUCCAGACUUGGGUCCAGUUGUGUAUGUCUUGGAUCUUGCAGACAGACUGAUCUCAAAAGCCUGUCCAUUUGCUGCAGCAGGAAUAGUGGUUGGCUCUAUCUAUUAGACAGCUGUGACUUCCGGAGCAGUGACAGUGAUGCAAGUUGUAGACCAUAAAGAAGGUCUGGAUGUUAUGGAGAAAGCCAAUCCUUUAUUUCUUUUAAUUGGACUUCCUACUAUUCCUGUCAUGCUGAUAUUAGGCAAGGUGAUUCGCUGGGAGGAUUAUGUGCUUAGACAAUACUGAAAUAAACUACAAAUUUUGAACAGUGUAUUUCCAGGGAUUGGUUGUCAUGUUCCUCCAAUUCCAGCUGAAGCUAAUCCUCUAGCAGAUCAUGUCUCUGCCACUCGAAUCUUAUGUGGAGCCCUUGUCUUUCCUACUAUUGCGACAAUAGUUGGUAAACUGAUGUUUGGUAGUGUCAAUUCUAAUUUGCAAAGGACAGUCUUGGGUGGAAUUGCUUUUGUUGCCAUAAAAGGAGCAUUCAAGAUUUACUUUAAACAGCAGCAAUAUUUACGCCAGGCACACCGCAGAAUUCUAAAUUAUCCAGAGCAAGAAGAAGCAUAAAACUGUGACUUCCGGUC